AUGAAGCGUUCACGUACAGUAGGAUCAGGCGAAAACGGUAAACAAUCGGGUAGAUCAUCUCAUGUUAGUCGUAUGCAACGUUGGUCGUUAGCGUUACGUCGUCAUUGGUUUUCGUCAACUUCGGGGAGAUGCCGGGAAAGUACAGAUUAUGAUUUUAAUAAUAUCAAUCCUGUGGAAAUUAUUUUUGCUGCGCCUAAAAAGACAGUCCUUGGAGGUGCACUUAAUG